AUGUCUGGUCUCGAGGCCGCCGACAUCUCCGCCGCGUACGAUGCCGUGCGCAGCGACAAGGAGCCGACCAACUGGCUCCUCAUCUCGUACGCCGGCGCGACGGGCAGCAAGCUGGCCCUGACGAGCACCGGCACGGGCGGCCUCUCCGAGAUGGCCGCGUCGCUGGACGACGCCGAGGUGCAGUACGGGUACGUGCGCAUCGAGUACGCCAACGACGCGGAGAGCACGCGGGUCAAGUUUGUGCUGGUGAUUUGGAUCGGCGAGGGCACCAAGGUGAUGCGCAAGGCGCGCGUCAGCGUCGAGAGCGGCGACGUGAAGCGCGUGCUGGCGCAUCACAGCAUUGCGGUGACGGCGAGCGACAAGUCGGAGCUGGAGGAGAAGGACAUUGUGGCCAGGCUGCGCAAGGCCGGCGGGGCGGACUACAACGGUGGACGGGGAUGA